AUGUCUAAGUCGAUAAUUGUGACUGGUGCUUCUCGCGGCAUAGGAAGAGCCGUCACCCUGCAACUAUUAAAAAAUUUCAAUAGUAAUGUGGUGGCGAUAGCCCGCUCAGAGAAAGAUCUCAGCAGCCUGAAAGUUCACGUCGAGGAAGAUCUAGGGUUAAAAGGAAGAUUGGAAAUUGUGAUCGGCGACGUCGCGGACGAAAAUGUAGCCGAACAGGCGGUGCAAAAGUCUUUGAAUGCCUGGGGAAAGUUGGACGGAGUCGUCGCAAACGCUGGAAUUAGUAUUUUGCAACCAAUGGGUAAAAUCGCCGAUGCUACUAUGGAAGAUUGGAAAAGGUAA